AUUGUGGGGCAGAGGAGUCCUCCAACAGGUUGUAGGCUAAAAUAACCAUAACGUCAGCGCUAUAUUAAUUCAGUGGGAAUAACAUAAAUCAUUUUUGUGUGACAAUUUAUCGAGAACGAAAUGGACCAGGUUAUACGAGAGGAAGGGAGAAGCUGAGUGAGGUUUUUUUUUUCUCUGUGAAAUCCACCUGCACCUCAUCUAUCUGGUAUUAGAGAGAUUCUCCCAAGCAGGUUUCCCAACAGAGCCAACAUGGAGCGUCCAGAGAGAAGGUUUCCUGUAGCUUUCCUGCUCUUUCUGCCUCUUCUGCCUGUCAGCUGUAUCUCCAACCCAAAAACUACAGUCUCCUGGUGUGUAUUGUCUGACGCUGAAGAGCAGAAGUGUCUGGAUUUGGCCGGGAAUGCUACAGCUUUGAAUAUUAGAGGGACUUUGCUAUGUGUCCGUGGCCUGAACUCCAGAGACUGCAUGGACAAAAUUAAGAAUGGGACAGCAGAUGCAGCCUCCAUGUCUGCAGACGACAUCUAUGCUGCUGGCCUCUGCCACGGCCUAGAGCUGGCUGCAGGAGAAUCUCACAAUGGAGUGGAUGGUAUUAGCUACUACGUGGUGGCGAUGGCCCGUCGCUCCUCCUCUGACCUGUCCCUGCUGGAGAUGCAUGAACGCAGCUCCUGUCACCCUGGCAUACGCACCACAGUGGGGUGGACUGUUCCUAUUGGCUACCUGGUCAACACCUCCCAGAUCAGUGUGGGAGAGCAGUGCAACUUCCCCAAAGCCGUUGGCAACUUCUUUGGUUACAGCUGUGUGCCUGGCGUUAAGGAUCCACAGCACGACCCCAGAGGCAACAACCCUAAGAACCUGUGCGAAGCCUGCAUAGGAGACGAGAACGACCGGCAUAUCUGUGCCAACAACCAUCGAGAGAGGCACUAUGGAGAGGCAGGGGCGCUGAGGUGUGUGGCAGAGAACCUCGGCGAUGUCGCCUUUGUCAAACACACAACGAUCUUCGACAAUUUGGAUGGUAAAAACCAGGAGUCCUGGGCCCUGGAUCUGGAGGUAGAGGACCUGAAGUUGCUGUGCCCAGAUGGAACCGAGGCCGGUCUGGAUGAGUAUGAUCGAUGUCACCUGGCAGCCGUCCCCACUAACGCUGUGGUGGUGCGCACAGAGAACAAGUGUCGUGUGUGGAAGUACCUGGAACGUGUACAGAGUGUGUUUGGCAACGCCACCGGGGGCUUCAGACUGUUCAGCUCAACAGGCUAUGGUGCAUCCGAUCUGCUCUUCAGUGACGCCACCCACCACCUGCAGAGGGUUCUGGGUAGCUACACCUCUUGGCUGGGCCCCUCUUACACCACCAUGCUGCAAGCCUUCGAGUGUGAGGGCUUCUGCUGAUGGAACAGGAGGAAGACAUCCAGCGCAUCAACUUCCACCCCAUCCCUCUGUCUCCGUCCUCCUGUUCUGCCUUCCCUCCCUACCAUCUGUGUCCCUCUGCUCCUCCGUCUCACCAUUUCUCAUCCUUCUCGCUUUGUUUUUUUGUAUGUUAUGUUUUCUCCCUGCGUUCCAACUUCUUUAUUAUUAUGCCCUCAUCCUCGUCCAACCCAGUUCUUCCUCUAGUGUGCUGGCUGACAGGGUAGGACAUCGCUAAGAGGGGUUAAUCAGCUCAGACAAAAACUUCAAAAAGUAAUUGAAAUUGAACUUAUUUUUAAAAAGGACACUGGGAAAAGAAUUGGAUAGAAAAAAACUCAAUAAAAUAACAAAGAAGUGCGUGUUAAUGAGUGUUGUAGUUGUUAUAUUUUUCACAGAUUAUGGCUAUUUUUACAGCCUUAUAAAAUGAGGGUUUUGGAAAAGACUUUAGUGGAAUUACACCAUAAACAUGAAACACAUCAUCCAAUAUUGAUUUAUACGAACAACAACAAAAACAGAGUUCUGUUAAAUGUUCCUACCCUGCAUGCUUGUUGGGAGAUUUUGCCCCUGUUGCAUUAGUGUAAGCUUUAACACCAACCAUACUCUCCACUCCCUCCUCCCACAGGGUCUGUCUCUGGCACUGAACAACUGGGUGCUAUUAACUUUGAGCUUAGAAAGUCUCAGUUACUGUAUCUGUGUGUGUGUGUGUGUGUGUGUGUGUGUACACUUUUUCCCACAGCCAUUAAUGCCCUAAUUGGAAGUCUGGCGAAUUAUACUGUUUGUGUGUGACAGAGAGAGAGAGAGAAAGUGUGUGUGGUGUGUAUGUGUGUGUGUGUAGGUUUAUGUGCCUAUGAGUUAGUGUGUUGAUAGGAUUGCUGCUUUCCCAUGGCUUGUAUAGCUCACGACUUUGGAUCACUGCUUUCUCACGUCUGGUAUUGUGGACCGGACUAUGCCAGCUCUCAGUGUAUUGUUACACUAUACAGUUAGGAGAAACUGGAUUAGGGCUUCUCUCCAAUGGCCCCCCCUUUUUUCAAAAGCUUUGAUCAUUUUCUCAUCUGCGACAACAUUUGCAGCAUCCAAAAAAAAAAAUCCCCAAAUGUGCUCUCCAAAACCUGCUUUGUCUGUCCCGCUUUGACACAUAAAGGAGUAUGUGGACUUUUUUCAGCAAUUUAUCAUUUAUUCUUUAAUAGUAAGACGUUGAUAAUGAUAGAAGGUAAGCGUUGCUAACGGAAAGCUGUUCGAGAAGGGUGUAACAAGCAAAAAGGUCAGUGCAAUGUGUAAUAUUACCAGACAGUCAUCAUCAAGAAAAGUAUUACCAAAUAAAUGUGCUAUGAAAAAAUGGUGAUUUUCAGAAAAUCCAUAAGUUCAUUUAUUUUUCUGGCGUCUUUAAAGAUGUGUAAUUAAAGUGUCACCGUCAAAUCACCAGCCUUACUUGACCUAUUGAAUCAUGUACUGUAAAAUGUAUAACAGACUGUAUUUCUGGGCUUUACUUGUCUUGUCAUCUCCACCUUUAUCAUUUCAUUCGUCUUCUGCAUCACAGAGCUCAGCAAAAGAACUGAUAACCCGGAUGAAGUUCUCCUCUUCAAACUGCAGCUUUUGACCUCAUCAUACCGGAAGAAAUCUGACGAGUUAGAACUAGUACAACAGAUACAAAUACGGGAAUGCAUUAAUUGCUUGCUUGAUUGCUGAUUUUUGCAGGGCCUUUCAGACAAAAAUCUUUCAACUCCCUAAAGUGGGAUUAUGUGAGAUGAAAGACACCACAAUUCGUGAGAGAAACAAUGUUUUCACCCCAUUUUUUAAGGUAGAAGGAAUAUCUAUUGUACUAACUCAACUCUGGUUUUUGUACCAUUGGUGCUGUUCGUUUCUACUGUUGUCUGACGGUCUUCAAAGAGGCUCGAUGUAAAUACUGCUCCUGAAUGUGUAGUGCUCCUUUUUUUUCAACCAAUUAAAUGAAUGAUGAUAAAGAAAA